CCCCAGCCGCCUUGUGCAAAGAUGGCUGCACCGUGAGCGCAGAGGAGGAGGAGGCGGCGGCGGCGGCGGCGAGAGAGCGAGCACCCAGCGCCCGCACCCACCCCGGGGCCGCCCGGGACGCCCCCUCCUGAGCGCGCUCCCUCCCUUCUCUCUUGCAAGCGCCGGGGCAAAGGCGGAGACAGCGGGGUCCCUCCUACCCCCCUUUCCCUCCAGGGGGAACCCCCCUUCCCCCCUCCUUGGCUCGGCGGCUGCACCCCCUCCCUUGCCCGCCCCUCCGCCCCUGCCCCCUCCCUCCCCAGCCCGGGGCCUUCCCGGGCCUUCGGCGGCUGCAAAGAAAAAAAGAGAGAGAGAGAGAGAGGGGAAAAAAAAAGCAGCAGCGGAGGGAGCGGCGGCGGAGGAGAGCGCGCGCGCGCCCCCUCCCUCCCUCCCUCCCUCCCUCCCCCUCCCCCCAAUUUCCACCGCGGCCAAUUCAUGGACAGGAACUACCCCAGCGCCGGCUUCGGGGACCCGCUCGGCGCCGGGGCGGGAUGGAGUUACGAGAGGUCAGCGAAAGCUAGCUUGGUCUAUGGCAGCUCCAGGACCUCGCACCCCGAGACCGACAUCUUACACCGCCAGGCCUACGCGGCCCCCCACCCACUGCAAAGCUAUGCCACCAACCACCACCCAGCAGGCCUCUCUGGACUCUUCGACACUGGCCUCCACCACGCGGGCUCAGCAGGGCCCGACGCCUCCGUCAUGAACCUCAUCUCGGCCCUGGAGUCCCGGGGCCCCCAGCCUGGCCCCUCUGCUUCCUCUCUCCUCUCCCAGUUCCGCAGUCCUUCCUGGCAAACAGCCAUGCACACGCCAGGCCCCACGGAGCUCUUCAUUUCGGGCGCCCUGCCGGGUUCCAGCACCUUUCCAUCCUCCUCUGCCCUGUCGGCCUACCAGCACCCGGCUUCCUUCGGCAGCCGCCCCUUCCCAGUGCCCUCGUCCCUCAGCCUUCAAGAUCCCCCAUUCAGUCCCCCAGCUAACGGGCUCCUGUCCCCUCAUGAUGUGUUGCACCUAAAGCCCUCGCAAGCACCCACGGUGCCAUCCUCGCUGGGCUUCGAGCGCCUGGCAGGGGGCGGUGUCCUGGGGCCUGCUGGUCUCGGCCCGGCCCAGACCCCUCCUUACCGCCCCGGCCCUCCUGACCCACCCCCACCCCCCCGCCACCUCCCGACUCAGUUCAACCUGCUGGCUUCCUCUUCCGCUGCUGCCGCUGCCGCCGAGCAAUCUUCCCCACAGCUCUACAACUUCUCGGGUGCUGCGCCGGGCCCCCCGCCACCCGAGCGGGCCCUGCCCCGCCAGGACACCGUCAUCAAGCACUACCAGCGGCCGGCAAGUGCACAGCCCCCGCCGCCCCCGCCACCAGCCCACGCCCUCCAGCAUUACCUGAGCUGUGGAGGCAGCUACUCCUCCAUGGGCCACAGGGCUAACCUGGCCUGUAGCCCCCUGGGCGGCGGGGAGCCCUCCCCUGGUGCUGGCGAGCCUAGCAAGGCUGGGCCCAGCGGAGCCACGGCUGGAGCAUCGGGCCGGGCUGCAGGCCCAGAGGCGGCUGGAGGAGGUGGGGCUGCGGGUGGCGCUGGAGGUUACCGCCCCAUCAUUCAGUCGCCCGGUUACAAGACAGGCAAAGGCGGUUACGGAGCAGCUGCGGGUGCUGCCAACAGGCCCCCCCCGCCCCGUUCAACCGCCACGCCCAAAUGCCAGAGUCUGGGUGGGCCAGCAGCAGCCUAUGCCACUGGGAAGGCCUCUGGGGCUGGCGGGGCCGGGGGCCAAGCCUAUUCCCCUGGACAGCCCCAAGGGCUUCUAGGACCCCAGGCCUACGGGCAAGGGUUUGGAGGGGGUCAAGCACAGGACUUGAGCAAAGGCCCUAGCUACUCUGGGGGGCCCCCACAGCCCCCCAGUGGCCCCCCGCCUCCUGGCCUAGCCACGUGUCAGAGCUACUCCCCGGAUCAGCUGCAGGGGCAGCUGUAUGGGGUUCAGGGUGAGCCAUACCCCGGGCCAGCUGCCCAUUCCCAGGGGCUGCCCACAGCCAGCCCCUCGCUCAGCUACAGUACUGGCCAUUCCCCGGCGCUCUCGGGUCACGGAGGUGGCUGGGGGCCCAGCUCCCUGGGGGGUGGCGGCGAGGCCAGCCCUUCUCACAUCAUCCGCCCACUGCAGUCGCCGCCUGCCCCCGGCCGCCCGCCUGGAGUCGGCUCUCCGGGAGCCCCUGGCAAAUACCUGAGUUCCGUCUUGGCCUCGGCCCCUUUCCUGGCGCCUCCGGGAGCCGGCAGCUAUGCAGCCGGAGCAGGUGGCUACAAAGGCAAAGGGGAUGGCUCGGAGCUGCUGGCUGGCCCCGGCGGGCCUCCUGCCGAGCGCACGGAAGAUGAGGAAUUCCUCAUCCAGCAUCUCCUACAGGCACCCAGCCCCCCACGGACCUCAGGGGCAGACGGCUUGGUGGGUGAAGAUGGGGCAGCGGAUGCCUCCAAGGGACUUGGGGGUAGUGGUGGGGCCGGGGGUCCACCGGGCACACCCUACGAGCUGGCCAAGGAAGACCCCCAGAGGUAUCACCUGCAGAGUGUCAUCCGGACGAGUGCCAGCCUCGACGAGGGUGCCACAGCAGCCCUGGAGCUGGGCCUGGGGAGGCUGAAGGAGAAGAAGAAAGGGCCGGAACGAGGUGGCGAGACACCCGAGGGGCUGGCCACCUCAGUGGUCCACUAUGGGGCAGGUGCCAAGGAGCUGGGGGCCUUUCUCCAAAAGAGCCCGCCGCCCCCACCCCCCCCCGCCCAGCCUGCCCCGCCCCCGCCCCCCGGCCUCCUCCUGGAGGCCGGGGGCCCUGACCUCCCACUGGUGCUGCCUCCGCCUCCCCCACCACAACUGCUCCCUUCUGUCCUUAGCCACGCCCCCAGCCCCUCUCCCAGUGCCCCCAAGGUUGGCGUUCAUCUCCUUGAGCCAGCCACCCGUGAUGGGGCGCCCCAGGCGCCCCCGCCGCCGCCCCCACCUCCGCCACCCAUGCCCCUCCAGCUUGAGGCCCACCUCCGAAGCCACGGCCUGGAGCCUGGUGCCCCCAGCCCCCGCCUGCGACCCGAGGAGAGUCUGGAGCCCCCAGGCGCCAUGCAGGAGUUGCUUGGGGCCCUGGAGCCACUGCCCCCAGGGCCUGGUGACACUGGCGUAGGCCCACCUAAUACCGAGGGCAAGGAUCCCUCAGGUGCCUACCGCAGCCCCAGCCCGCAAGGCACAAAGGCCCCCCGCUUUGUGCCACUCACGUCCAUCUGUUUUCCUGACUCCUUGCUCCAAGACGAGGAGCGCAGCUUCUUCCCCACCAUGGAGGAGAUGUUCGGCGGAGGGGCGGCAGACGACUAUGGCAAGGCCGGGCCGCCUGAGGACGAGGGUGACCCCAAGGCGGGGACUGGGCCGCCUCCCGGCCCCCCUGCCUAUGAUCCCUAUGGGCCCUACUGCCCUAGCCGGGCGUCUGGAGCUGGGCCUGAGACGCCGGGCCUGGGCCUGGACCCCAACAAACCGCCUGAGCUGCCCUCCACGGUCAAUGCCGAGCCUCUGGGCCUGAUCCAGAGUGGGCCACACCAGGCGGCCCCGCCACCCCCGCCUCCCCCUCCACCGCCGCCACCUGCCUCUGAGCCCAAGGGAGGCUUGACCUCACCCAUCUUCUGCUCUACCAAGCCAAAGAAGCUGCUCAAGACGUCCUCCUUCCACCUGCUACGGCGCCGCGACCCGCCCUUCCAGACGCCCAAGAAGUUGUACGCCCAGGAGUACGAGUUUGAGGCGGAUGAGGACAAGGCCGAUGUGCCCGCUGAUAUCCGCCUCAACCCUCGGCGCCUGCCCGACCUGGUGUCCAGCUGCCGUUCCCGCCCGGCCCUUUCACCCCUGGGUGACAUCGACUUCUGUCCACCCAACCCAGGCCCCGAUGGCCCCAGGCGCCGUGGCCGCAAGCCGACAAAGGCCAAGCGCGAUGGCCCACCCCGGCCCCGGGGUAGGCCCCGGAUCCGCCCGCUGGAGGUCCCCACCACUGCUGGGCCAGCCUCAGCCUCCACACCCACUGAUGGAGCCAAGAAACCUCGGGGCCGGGGCCGUGGUCGGGGCAGGAAGGCCGAGGAGGUAGGGGGCACACGGCUGGAGCCCCUGAAGCCACUUAAGAUCAAGCUGUCUGUGCCCAAGGCCGGCGAGGGUCUGGGAGCCUCGUCAGGCGACGCUGUAUCCGGCGCUGACCACAACAGCCUGGACUCCAGCCUGACUCGGGAGAAGAUUGAGGCCAAGAUCAAGGAGGUGGAAGAAAAGCAGCCAGAGAUGAAGUCCGGCUUCAUGGCCUCCUUCCUGGACUUCCUCAAGUCAGGCAAGCGUCAUCCGCCACUCUAUCAGGCCGGCCUGACGCCCCCACUCAGCCCCCCCAAGAGCGUGCCGCCCUCUGUGCCGGCCCGGGGCCUGCAGCCCCAGCCCCCUGCCGCCCCCACUGUGCCACACCCCCCGCCUGCCGGCGCCUUCGGGCUGGGGGGCGCACUGGAGGCGGCCGAGAGCGAGGGGCUAGGGCUGGGCUGCCCUUCGCCCUGCAAACGGCUGGACGAGGAGCUGAAGCGCAACCUGGAGACGCUGCCCUCCUUCUCCUCGGACGAAGAAGACUCUGUGGCCAAGAACCGGGACCUGCAGGAGAGCAUCUCCUCAGCCAUCUCCGCUCUUGAUGACCCACCCCUCGCUGGGCCUAAGGACACUUCCACCCCAGAUGUGCCCUCCUUGGCAACUGAGGCUUCAGUGCCAGGGCCUCCGCCACUCCCGGGGCUCCCUAGCAGCAAUGGCACACCCGAGCCCCCGCUGCUGGAGGAGAAGCCCCCGCCCUCGCCGCCCCCCGCCCCGACGCCGCAGCCACCGCCGCCGCCGCCGCCACCCCCACCGCCGGCCCUGCCCUCGCCGCCCCCGCUGGUGGCCCCCGCGCCCAGCUCGCCGCCCCCCGCGCCCAGCUCGCCGCCCGCCCCGCCGCCCCUGCCCUCGCCGCCCGCCCCGCCGCCGCCCCCGCCGGCCGCCCCCGCGCCGGAGGAGCCCCCUGCCCCGUCCCCCGAGGAGCCCGAGCCUCCGGACGCCCGGCCCCUGCACUUGGCCAAGAAGCAGGAGACGGCAGCCGUGUGCGGGGAGACGGACGAGGAGGCGGGCGAGAGCGGCGGGGAGGGCAUCUUCCGGGAGCGCGACGAGUUCGUCAUCCGCGCCGAGGACAUCCCUUCCCUCAAGCUGGCACUGCAGACGGGGCGCGAGCCCCCACCCAUCUGGCGAGUGCAGAAGGCGCUGCUGCAGAAGUUCACUCCGGAGAUCAAGGACGGACAGCGGCAGUUUUGUGCCACCAGUAAUUAUUUGGGGUACUUUGGGGACGCGAAAAACCGGUAUCAGCGCCUUUAUGUAAAGUUCCUGGAAAACGUCAACAAGAAGGAUUAUGUGAGGGUCUGUGCUCGGAAACCCUGGCAUCGGCCCCCAGUGCCCGUCAGGCGCUCUGGGCAGGCCAAGGGCCCUGCGUCUUCUGGGGCCAGUUCUGCCCCGCCUCCCAAGGCCCCAGCACCACCUCCUAAGCCAGAGACCCCUGAUAAGACUGUCUGUGAGAAGCCCCCAGAGCAGACGCCUGAGACAGCUGCGCCCGAGCCCCCCGCCCCUGAGAAGCCAUCCCCACCUCGGCCUGUCGAGAAGGAGAAGGAGAAAGAGAAGGAGAAGGAGAAGGAGCGGGUGACGCGUGGGGAGCGGCCGCUACGGGGCGAGCGGAGCGCGGGCGGGCGGCAGACACGGCCUGAGCGGAGCCUCACCGCGGGCCAGCCCGCCACCUCCCGGCUGCCCAAGGCCCGGCCCACCAAGGUGAAGGCCGAGCCGCCCCCCAAGAAGAGGAAGAAGUGGCUGAAGGAGGCGGCAGGAAAUGCCUCGGCGGGUGGGGGUCCACCAGGCAGCUCCUCGGACUCCGAGUCAUCCCCGGGAGCACCCAGCGAGGACGAGCGGGCAGUACCUGGGCGUCUGUUGAAGACCCGGGCGAUGCGGGAGAUGUACCGGAGCUACGUGGAGAUGUUGGUGAGCACAGCACUCGACCCAGACAUGAUCCAGGCCCUGGAGGACACACAUGAUGAGCUAUACCUCCCGCCCAUGAGGAAGAUCGACGGCCUCCUGAAUGAGCACAAGAAGAAAGUCCUGAAGCGGCUGUCGCUGAGCCCAGCCCUCCAGGACGCCCUGCACACGUUCCCCCAGCUGCGAGUGGAGCAGAGCGGGGAGGGCUCCCCUGAGGAGGGGGCCGUGCGGCUGCGGCCGGCGGGGGAGCCCUACAACCGCAAGACGCUCAGCAAGCUCAAGAGGAGCGUGGUCCGAGCCCAGGAGUUCAAAGUGGAGCUGGACAAGUCGGGAUACUACACGCUCUACCACUCCCUCCACCACUAUAAGUACCACACCUUCCUGCGCUGCAGGGACCAGACCCUGGCCAUCGAGGGCGGUGCUGAGGACCUGGGUCAGGAGGAGGUAGUCCAGCAAUGCAUGCGGAACCAGCCGUGGCUGGAACAGCUCUUCGACUCCUUCAGCGACCUGCUGGCCCAAGCACAGGCCCACAGCCGCUGUGGGUGACCCCACCCCGCCUGGGGGAGCCACCUCUUCCACGAACGGAGAAUUGGGACAGAACUGUGUCCUCAGGAGCUAACCCCUGGGCCCUGCCUGCCAGGGAAGUGGGGGGUGGGGGGGGGGCGGUCAUUGGUCAGGGUGUGUCCAUGCUGCCCCCACAAGGGCAGGGUUCAAAGUUCGACUCCUCCCCUCUCCCACACCCCCCCUCCACUCCCUCCCCGCCCCUCCUGCUGUCCGGUGUACAGAGAAAUUAUUUAUAUAUAUGUAUAAAUGUCUAUUUAGUAACGGUUUCCCUCCCCACCUUGGCCCAAUCCCCUCUCCAUGGCCACAGCCCCGCCCCCUCCACCUUGUACAUAAUGUAUAGGAAAAGUCUAUGUAUGGUUGAGGGGGGCGGGGUGGCUUCAGAGAGCUGGGGGACCCCCUCCCCCCAACCCCCCCCUCACAGGCCAAGAUCUUUGCUAAAGGCCAUUCCCUCCCCCAGGGCAUUCGGCAUCGGGCGGGAGGGGGAAAACGCAUCUUGUUAAUUAUUUUUAAUCUUAUUUAUUGUACAUACCUGGGGCGGGGGGCUGGGGAGGUGGAGGGGGAAGAAGGGUCCCCUCCCUUUGGCCCUCCUACUCCUUUUCUACUGCGAUUGUCUGUGUCUGUACCUCCCCACCACCCUUCGUCUCUUGCUCUUUCUUGGGCUUCUGUACAACUCAACUUGUAUACACUGUGUACACACAACCAGCCAAACGAAAACCCAACGGCAAACACUUUAUCGGCCGGCUGGAGUGCCUCUGUCCUACGGCGUCUGGGUGCCGGGUGGGCCGAGGGAUGGCACAGGCAGAGAGAGGGUCUGGCCUUCUCUGGCACAUGGCUUUUCUGGAGCCCGGGCAGUGGUUGGGCUGGGGUCGUUGCACCCCUACAUCUCGCUGGGUAAAAUUGGCCCACCCCAAAAUUUAGCGACCUAAAACAAGAAACGUUUUAUCCUCUGGUUUCUGAGGAUCAGGAAUUGGGGGUUCGUGUCCCAGGGUCCGUUGUGAGGUUAUAGUCUGGUCAGCCAGAGCAACCCGAAGGGAUUGACUGGGAUUGGCGGGUCUACUUUUUUUGUUGUUGUUGUUGUUUAUAUUUGAGAGGGAGAGAGAGAGAGAGAGAGACCGAGUGUGAGUGGGGGAGGGGCAGAGAGAGAGGAAGAUACAGAAUCCGAGGCAGGCUCCAGGCGCCGAGCUGUCAGCUCAGAGCCCGACUCGGGGCUUGAAUUCACGAACCGUGAGAUGGUGACCCGAGCCGAAGUCUGACACUGAACUGACUGAGCCACCCAGGCACCUCGAAGGAUCUACUUUUAAGGCGUGCAGAUCAGUUGUUGGCCGGAGGCCUCGGUUCCUUGCCGUGUGGACCCCACAAUGAGGCAGCUUCAGUAUCCUCACAGCAUGCCAGCUGGCUUUUCCCAGGGAGAGAGCAAGGAGGAAGCCACAGGACCUUUAUGUCCUAAUACAUCAUUGCUUCAUCCAUACUGUUCAUCGAAAGGGAGUUAUUAAACCCAGUACCCACUCAGAGGGCAAUUCAGCUCCGCUUUGAGGAAGGAAAAGGAUAGGAAUUCUUAGAUGUGUUUUUAAACCGGUACAGGCUGUGGCAGGUGUAGGGAGUUGACCAGCUUUUUGAGGGUUGCCUAAUGUAGACUGAAGGGUGGGUCUCUUGUGCUCUUGAACCCUGAAGCUCCAAGGUCACCAGCAGACUGGCAGUUGAGAGGCCAGUAGACGGAGUGGUGGAUGGAUUCCUGGGUUCUUGAGAUUUGCUGCUGCUCAAAGUGUGAUCCAGGACUGCCGCCCUUGGAGUGAUGUCCGUUGUCCCACGAGACCUUCUAGAAAACGUCAGCUCGGGCCGAGUCUCAGAUCUGCUGAGUCAGAACCCACUGUUUAGUAAAAUCCUGGGAGGAUUCUAAUAGACACUCAAGUUGGAGGAGCAGUGUUCUAAAGUUAAACCUUUGGAGGUCAACUGGAACCUGGCUUUAGAAAGUAGUGAGUAAGCUGUUGUCAUUCUAGAGCCUGGACAGUUGUCCAAAACAGACUGUUGGUAUUCUAGAACCCUGGCUUCAGCAGUGACGAUAGGUGUGCGGCAGGUGUUGACCUGGUGUAAGAUUUAAGGGUAGACCGUCUGCAUUCUAGAUGGGUUCCCUUCCUGGUGAAAUCGAGGAAGAGCCCCAGUUUGUUCUACAACCUUGGAUAUCGUCUAGGCCAAUAUUAAUGAUUCUGCUGGUUUUACGGUAACGCUGAAGGAUCUUAAUGGGACUCAGUGGUGGGCCGUGGGCUUUUGUUUUUAAGUUUAUUUAGUUAUUUUGAGAGAGAGGGGAGAGCGUCCAAGCAGGCUCCACGCUGUUAGCGUGGAGCCCAUUGUGGGGCUCGAACCCAUGAACCACGAGAUCGUGACCCGAACUGAAGGCUGGAGUCAGGCACUCAACCGACUGAGCCACCCAGGUGCCCCUGGGCCGUGGGCUUUCUAGAAUUGAGUUUGGAGGGGUAAGGACGGACCACUGGUGUCCUUGAACCAUGGCCUGUAGCACAUUGGGGUGCAGCCACUGAGAGGCAGUGGCAUAUUCAAGGUUCUGGACUGUUCCGUCAAAUAAGAGCCAAAGCCUCCGAGAUCACCAUGAUCUCCCACGGGAGCUCUGCUGUACAAAGUGGGUGGAUUGUUCAGAAGGUGGGUGGCGGGGCAGUAUCAUCCCUUUGGGGGCAGGAGUACCUUGUGGUUGGACCUUGGAAUUCAACUGCCCGAAUUUGAAUGCCAGCUCCAGCACUAACCAGGUGAGUUGGAUCACAGCCCCUGUCCUCAGUCUCGUCAUUUGUCAAAUGGACUUUGUCAACGUGAAGGAAAACAGCGUUCGAUGCACUUGGCACCGCCUGGCCUUUAGCUCCCGUUCCGCAUGGCAGGCGAGCCCAAGGGGCUUGCCGGAAGUCCAAGAGAUGGCAGAAAGGGAAGAGGAUGCAAAGAUGGAUAAGGAGGGACAGCAAAAGCCCGAGAGGCUUCAAAUCAUUGGCAGGACCGGCCAGAUCCCAGGGGAGGGCAGGAACUGUGGGACAGGCAUGCACAUGCCUAGAGAGCCGCCAACUAGGCCAGGCCAGCCUCUUCACUGUUGUCUGAUGAGCUCUGGAACGGUGGUGAUCGCAAGCCUUCGGAAAAUGGCCUGCCAGUUGUCGCGUGGGUCUGUACGUGUGCCUUUUGCUGGGCGUAAGCGGUAGCUUUGGUCACCUCUUCGAAGUGCAUCUUUGUCCUUCGAGAAGCAGGGUGUCCCAGCCAAGAAUUUGGCCCUGAUCGACAAUGCAAAAAAGACUCUGGUCUCCUGUGCGCGCAGUUGUUGGCGGGGACCCAGGGAGAGGAAGGGACAUCAGCCUAGGACUCCACUGGCCCCUGCUGAGAGCGCCUCGCCUCUGGCUGGGGUUAGGUGGCGAUGUCAGACCUUGUUUGGAAAGUGAUAGAACCGCCCCACUCCACCCCCCCCCCCAUUCCCUCCCUGUCAGGGUAGAGGGAGUGAACAUGUAGCACACAAUACGUUGGAGCCUUGCUUAUUCCCAAGGCGGAAGGUUGAAUGCAGGCCAAGGAUUCUGUGAUAAUGAAACCCGGAAAGGGAUAUUUAGCUAAUCAUUGUUCAAAUCUGGAAUACAGAGGGACAUUCAUGGUUCUGGGGCAAGAGGAGGACAGCGGGGCCUCCGUCAUUGAUAAAGAGCGUUUACAAUAUUCCCAGCUCUGUGUUUGUCUUCUGGGUGCAGAUCCGGUUCCUAAAGACCUCUCCGAAGUAGCUCUGUGAUUACCCCCAUUUUACAGCUGAGAAGAUGGAGGUGCUGCUGAGGGCCCUCGUCUCCCCUUGAACCAGGAAGUGGGUUCUGGGGUGGGUGUGAGGGGAGGACUUUGGAAUCGGGCCCGGCGAUUCUGUCCAAACGUAGCAGAUACGGGGAGACAGGGAGGAGAUCAUUGGUGACAAUUCUCAAGUGGAGGUGUGUGGACCAGGUGUCGGGGUUCAGGGACGCUUGUCAGGCAUGGGAGAUGGGGCACGUGGUGGUCUCCAGGUCUGGCGCCAGCGUUUCAGAUUAGCAAAUAGAGCACAGAAUUGGGUGUCCUGGGUCGAAUGGGGGGCAUGCAAGGGCUCCCAAACAAGCGAGUUAGCAACUUGUUUGGGUGGCCUUAUGAUGCCCCACGCUUCAGCCCUUCCUAGGACAUAUGCCCAAAUGAGAUGUGUCUACGCUGGCCCCCAGGUCAUUGAGGGUUUGGACUCUGAAGUCAGCCCAAUUGGGAACUUUCUGGAACUGAGAACUUGCCAGCCAGCUGCUUGGACACCAUUCCACCCACCUGUCCCUUUCUGCAGCCAAAAUGUCUUUCUCAAUAUGUAUUGGGGGUGGUUAGGAGGCAGGCAGGGUUUGUUGUGGCUGCCUGUUUCCAAGAUUCUGGAAUCUUCUGGAACACCACUAUCCAAUAAAUUUAAAAACCUGCCUGUA